AUGUGCUAUAGCGAAAAAAAGUCACUAGAAGUUCUCUUCGACGAUACGAAAGCUCUCGAAGAUGACGAAUUGUACGAAGAGAGUACACGUGAGAGAGCUUCAGAUGAAGUAACACUCGAUCGCCCUGAUUGGGCCGCACCCUCUGUCGAUGAUGAUGUCAACGAUACCUUCUCAAAGACCUUCGCCUUAUCAGAGAAGGGUAACGAUAUAGAUAUUUGGAGAUUUCGUAAAGAUAAAAUGUUGAACUCGUCGGGAAGUCCUGCGAUAAAAGCUGUAGACUCGAUCUAUAGUUCCAAUGAUAGCGUUCAACUCUUUCUAAUAGGUCAAAAAAACUCCUAUGCUCGACUCAAUAUCAAUAUUACCUUGUUUGGAUACUUGAUGCAUAAAUACAGAGUUUUCGAACGUUUUUGGGAUUUUGUCGCCCCAUUCAGCGUCAAGAGCAGAGAGUCUGAUAUUGGGCACGCACCUUUUAGAUUUCAUCAAUCUGAACCUGUCGUUCUCGAGUCUCUUAUGACUGAUGUGAAGUUAGGAUCAUUUGAAUGCGCCUACGGUUUUCGAUAUGUUGAGUUGAACAAUAGAACGACGCAAGUAGAAGAGGAUCCUGACUACGAUCCGUGGUCUGUUAGACAGACUACCGUUUAUCAGCAGUACGAUAGCGCACAUGACAGAAACGUUUUCUUUCUUAUAUGUCCCUCGCAGAGAGUAAAACAGGCUCUGAAAGUAGCGCUUACUCGGCGGGCCGAAAGCAAUGUGCCUCUUAAUGCGUUCGAGAUGCAUCGCAUAGUUCUUUGUACACUGCACGAUAAUUGGAGAGCAUACUUGAGAAGCGUUGAAAAAGAACUGGCUAAUUUGUCUGACAAGGUUACUCUAACACAAGUCCGAAGCGAAUCAGAGCGCCUAAGUCCAUUGAUGGACUUCACUGUUAAUUUUAUCGAUCGCCAGAAGCUGAAAUUGAUAGAAGAUAAAAUCCUUGACCUUCAAAUCAUCUUUGAGUCUCUCCAGAAUACUGUCGCCAAAAUGCAACGCCAAUGUAAAGUGCAUUGUAUGGCUGAGAGGUGUAAGAGGUGUACGUGCUCGUCGAUCGUGGAGGAGUUGGAAGAGCAAAGACACGAGAUCGACGUCAAUUUAAAAAAGUCAGAGACCUUGCUAAAAAGAGCACAAGGCACUGCUCAUUUGUUGUCUGAUCUUCUAGACUAUGAAAACGCCCAGAUUGCACAUCAUAACGAAGUAUCUCUCAACAAGCUUGUGCAAGAAUCGAAAGACGAGAACAGCAGGAUGAGAUUAUUGACACAGGAACGAAGUGCCCGAGAUGCAGCCGGUAAAACUUUCCAAAAACUGCCUACAAUUUGUUCUAACUUCGUAUAG